AUGGCGGAUUUUCUUGUUGCACUUUUGUCAACAUCGGUGAUAUUAUUGCUUUCUUAUCUAUUUUGGAAAUGGCAUACCCAGCGAAACAAUGUGACAAAUGAGGGGAAGAAUAGACCUGCACUCUCAUGGGCAGACAUGCUUAAAAAUCGCCUCAAACGAUUUGAAGCGAGGGCUUUUGAUGAUGAUGAAAGCUCCGUACAGGUGCAGAAAGGACCCAAAAACCAAUCUAUCAAUGCAAUGAAUGCAUCUGAAGAUAUGGGCGACAUUGCGGAAAAUCAAGGGUUUCGUACACAAGGAGACUCUGUAGACACCGAAUUAAACACAAUUAAUUUACCAGGAAUAUUAAAUACACACAAUUCAGGUUCUAGAAAUGAAGGAAUACAGGACCAAUCUAGUGCCUACAAGCCCGCAGCUAAAAACAAACCAGCAAAUUCCAAUGAUAUAUCCGCCCCUGUGACACAGCCAUUGACUAAUUUGGACGAACUGUUGGCAUGGACUGAAGGAUUCGAUGAGCUAAAUGUGAGCUCAGUGUCAUUAGGGAGGGUUGGGAAUAGUUUAGAACGACGUCCGAGAACAAUUGUGUGUCAUGAUAUGAAAGGAGGUUAUGUUAUGUACAGGAUAGGUAAGGUGGCUGUUUGUAGGUUGCAGUAAGCAUUAUAGAGCAUCAGAUGGUUGUUGACGUCCAAAAUAUUGACACCGAUAGAGGUGAGCAAGUUUAUUCAUUUGCCUGCCAGCUAGUCAGUUGACAACCAUCUGAUGUGAGACAGUGUGUGCUUAGCAAAAUCCACCUAUUUAUUUGAAGGUCAUUAAAAUGCUGGCCUGUUUUCAAGAUUGUUAAAACGUGAAUGAAUCAACAAGGCACUAACAACCCUAAACCUUACCCCCUACAGCUAAAACCAAUCCUAACCCCAACGCUAAAUCGAACUCAAAACUAGACAGUUCAGUGCAACACAUUGCUAGAUGAUUUUACUUGUAAAGAAAAAGUGGUGGACAUUAACUCAUUGAGGGGUAAUGCACCCUACUUUUUUAUUUUGCUAUGUCUAAUACCAGAUGAUUUUACUUGUCAAGGGGAAGUUUCUCAUUUUAAUGGUUAACCAAACAAUGUACCAAUAUGUCUAGUAUGCUAAAACUGUAUGUACCAGUGUAGGUAGUACCAAUGUGAAAUUGCUGUGUUGAGUGAUUAUACUACUACCUUAAAAAAUAAGCAGAAACUCAACGUUUUGAGCGAAGGCCCUUCAUCAAGAGUUAGGCCCUUUGUCAAGAGUUAGUCGUAAGAGUUAGUCGUAAGAGUUAGUCAAGAGUUAGUUAGAGUUAGUCAAGAGUUAGUUAGAGUUAGUGAUGUCUAGUAUACCCUGCGAAAUAUGCACAUAUGUGCUCUAGCGUAUCGUUUUGCUGUGCCUAAUGCCAGACAAUUUUGCCUGCCAAGGGGAGAUGAGUUUCUUGCUUGGAUUAAGUUACCCAAACAAUCUACCAAUAUGUGUCUAGUACACCCAGCAAAAUGUGCCCAUAUGUACUAGUUUAUCAUUUUACUUGUCAAGGGGAUUCUUGUGCUCUAACAGCCGGUUAAUCAUGGAAUGUACUAUGUUUUAGGUUUGUGCAAGACUGUCCUUCAACCGAAUGCUACCGCAUUUACCACUGGCAAUAGAUCGACAUAUUCAUAUACUUCAGUCAUAAUUUUUACUAUUCCUCUUCCGUGUUGGAUAAAUGCUGCACACAAGCAUAGUGUUUUAGUAUUAGGCACCUUUAUCACAGAGUGGGAGGACGGAGCUGCUAGGUGUGCCGAGAUAUUUAAAGAUCAGUUGUCUUACAGACAGAGAUCAAGUUGCAGAUCAGUUGGGUUUUUUUGCAAAGUAUUAUGGCUUUGACGGAUGGUUAAUAAAUAUUGAAAACCCAAUACAGGUACAGUGAUUGUUUUUGUUGGCGUGAAAAAUAGACUAAUGCACUAAACAUUGUGAAUUUGGGUUUUGUUAUUUCAGCCAGCACAAAUGAACAAUUUGGUGGAAUUCAUGAAAUAUCUGACAGAUCGGAUACACAAAGUCAUGCCCUGUUCUCUUAUCAUUUGGUAUGGCAAUGUGACAAACAUGAGCGAAUUGAAAUGGCAAAAUGAACUGAAUGCUGAAAACAGGUAGGCUGGCAUACAGUAUAUGACAGUAAAUCCAGGGCCCCAACUUAAGAGUGAGAAUACCUCCACAUGCAGUCUAGCUAAGGUCUAGCUUAAAAAUAAUGAUGUCAUGGGGCCCCGAGGGAAGAUUUGCCCCGGGCCCCCUGAAUUCUCUCGGCGACCCUGAGUUCAUCUAAAAUAUAGGUGUAAUUUAAUCAGUUGUAAACUUUUUAUUUUAGAGGUCCAUUUAGGUUAUCCCUUGUUUGUCUGUUUCUACAGAAGGAAUCGGAAGUGCGUGCCCAGAGAAAAUAUACAAUGUUUGGUUGAGUAAAACCAGUAGAACUUAUCUACAAUGUGACUUAGAAAAUAAAGUAUUCUGCUUGUGUUUGGAACAAGCAACCCCAAAUCUAGGUAACUAAUAUUUUUUGUAGAGUGUUUUUUGAUGCAUCUGAUGGGAUAUUCCUAAACUAUGGCUGGAAUCAAACAAGCUUGGCACUUUCCGCAAGAGCAGCAGGCCCCGAGAGAUGAUACGAUGUUUAUGUUGGGGUUGACGUGUUUGGUAGAGGCGUGUAUGGUGGUGGUGGAUGGAAUACUAAUAAGGUAGAAAAAAAUUAGUACUAGAGAGUACAAUUACUGAAUUUGACAAUCGAAUACCCCUCUAACAUAGUCAUCUGACUAAUACACAUCUCAAAAUAGAUGCCUAUCUACGACAGUCAAUUUACUGAUACAGAUACCUCUCUAAUAUGGGCACCUGUCAGAUACAGAUACUUCUCUAAUAUGGACAUCUCUCUAAUACAGACACCUGUCCAAUAUGGAUACCUCUCUAAUACAAACAGUACUCUAAUAAAGGCACCUGCUCAUCUUAGAGAAGUUCAACUGUAACUACCUAACACAUGAUUAUGUCAGUAUGGUGUAUUUAUGCCCAUUGUGCCAUUGACGUCAAGUCAAAGCCUUGUUGGUCAAGGCUAUUAUACACUUAACUUUCUUUGUAUCAAGGAAAAUGAUCUCUCUGCGGCCUUGUUUGCACCUGGAUGGGUCUAUCCGAAAUACAAAUCUACUUUCAAAUCCAGUCAGGAUAAGUAUGUAAAAAUAUUAAUGCAAAAAUUGCAAAGCAUUGAUAACAGGUUGGUUUCACUAAGCACGGUGCAACAGAAUAAUGAAUGGUCAACUACAUUUACACUGGUUAACUCUGUUCUCCCUAGAGGUCCAGUGAGGCUCAUGCCUUAGUAUUGGAGGAAACUGAGCUGGGUGAAAUUACAAUAAGAGAGUUGCAAAUUGCAGUUAUUGAACUAAGCUCAAUCACAUACUGUAGAUGAAAUGUGCAUACACUAACCAUUGUCACAACAAUUGCAUAUAUACAUUGUUGCUACAUUUAUACUCAUUUAUAUUCCUAGAUACUAUUUAUUAGCGGAAAAGGACUUAAAGGGUUCUCAUAUCAAAGAAAUCCGUUUGGUAUUAAUGAACAAAACCAUUCCUGGUAAAUUUAUACUAUAUUAUUUUACAUAUAUAGUGGCUCUUAUUUGAACAGUGCAUAUAGAUGAUAUGGUUUCAGAAGAUAUCAUAUUUAACUUUACAUUAUCCUAAUGAAUAGGUUCCAAAAUGGAAAGUUCUUCAACUCCAUUUCAACUUUAUCUCGGAGAAGUAAAGGUUUGUCAAAGUUGUUUCUUUAUUUCAUAAAUUGUAUUAGUAAAUUAAGAUGUAUUUUUUAUAAUUGUGCAAAUUAGCCAAUACUGACAUAUACGUUUUAUCAUAGAUAAUUGAUGCUGUUUCCUUAAGACAACCUCUUCCAAGUUCCAAUGGCUACCUCAUUAAAAUGUCUUGAAAGCGAGAUAAAGAGUCGUACAUUGAACUCAAACACACUCGUCAUAACACCAGGGGUGGAAAAUUUAGACCACAACGAAAAGUGGGAAAAUUUUCUGCGAGUUGCCAACGCAAAUCCUGUAUAAUUUAAAUUAAUUAAAGGGUCACUUGCAAAGAGGGUUAGCAAUUGCUCAAUGGAAAUCUCAGACUUCACCUGUAAGAUUUUCAUAUUGAUCAACAAAUUGUGUACUUUCAGGUAGAUUUCAAGUUUUCAACAUCAAUCGAAGUUUGGUUAGGAAAUUAUUUGAAGUUUACCAAUCUUCCUACCAAUGUGUAUUUUCUAUUAACUGUAAUUGCAUUUUAGUCGUGCUUUAUAUAAUAUAAUCACUGGCAGACACUUUGUGAAAUAUUGGGUGACAGGAGGAAUAGUAGGCUCUGCUAAAACCCAAACUUCUUCAAUUAUAUACUGUAAAUAGGGCACUUGUAUGUAAACUAAAGUCUUCACCUAGUGUCUGUACCUGAAUAAAAUGUCUACUUAUUGGUGUAGUUACUUUCUCUUUCUUUAUUUUUCCUUCUUUUCUUUCUUUCCCCCUUUUUCUUCCCUCUUUUCUUUCUGCCAGCAUAAAAAAUUUUCUGGGACCAAUGGUCCGCUAUAUUUUCCACUCCUGCAUAACACUAACCCUAUCAUGGACUUAUGACAGCUCAAACACUGAACCCUACGAGAGAUUUGAAAUCUACCAUCUUGCUGCAGAUGGCUGGACAGUUUUUCUGGGGUUGGCAUAUUCGAUGUCGUAUGUGGUCAGUGAGCUGGCUCUACCCAGGUCCCAGGAAGAAGCACGGUUUAUUGUACAGGCUGUCAGUUGUUAGGAAAUUGUCCACUCAUCACAGUCUACUGGUCAUGAACAUGGGUCAAUAUGUAUAUUAAGACAAAUAAAAAUAAUAAAUUAAAUGCAUCCUCUGUAUAAAUUAUGGAUAUAGUUUAUAAAUAUUUCUAAAUUGAAUGAAGAAAAAUUCUAAGAAUACAUGUAUAUAUACAAUUGAGAAAAGAUACAUACAUCUUGUUCAUCUUCAGACAAUUAAAUAUUGUUCCAAUUCAUUGCAGAUUUCUUCUAUUGGUUUGGAAAGAUUAAGAAACCUUGACAUUCAACUAAAUUUGUCAAAUUCACGAUCUAAAAAUAGUCGAAAAAUGUUGGUCAAAUAUUGGGCCUGCCAUGCAGGGUAACUGCAAAAGUUGCAGGGGGACCACAGGAAAUUUUUCAAAAAUUCUUCAAUCUACUUGAAACGUUCUGAAAAUUGUCAAUAAGCAUUUCUUUCAUCAAAAAAACUACUUUUGAUCCAUAAAAACAUGUUUUAAAAAUGCAAAAGGGGGACCAUGGGUAGUCAGGUACCCUAGACUAGGGUUGGGCGAUAUUUCGAUUUAUCGCGAUAUUUUCAUUUGCGAUUAUCGUAUCGGAAAUAGGAACUUGAGCGACGAUAUAUCGAAAUGUUCGUUGACUAUCGUGAUAUUGUUUCGCAUGUGUAUAUAGCUUUUAUAAAAUCUUUAAAAAAUCCUUCAAUUCCUAGAAAAUAUAGUUUUUAAAAGAAUUAAAACAAUUUAUUAUAUAAACAUAAGUGUUAUAUAGUGUUUUUGGCCACUGAGAAAAAUCGUAUUUAGCUGUAUUUAAACACACGUAAAAAAUACGAUAUUCUCGUGUUGAACAUGAUAUCUCACUCGAUCACUGCGCUCACUCGUGAGGUAUCGUGUUCAACACUCGAAAUAAAUCUGGUAUUUCCGCGCUCCCACGUAUUAUUCUCUAUUGAGGGUGGGAAAGGGUAUUUUCGUGAGCCGUGAAUGGUGAAUAUUUGUUCGUGUGAAAUACUUGAUUUUAGUGUUGUGAAACGUGAUUUGUUCUACAGCCGUGAGGCGUGAUUGUUGAUAAAAAUGCUCCGUGAAAUGAGAAUUAAGGAUGCCUGUUUCGCGAACCGUGAUUAUUAUAGUGAUUAUUAUAAUAAACAUGAUACGCGAUAAUCAAAUUUAUAUGAUCUCAUUCGAUUGCACAAGAGUAAAAACUUCGGAGGCCUUUCGCGAGGUUCUUGCCGCUGAGGACAAGGUUCCUGGCGCUGAGGACAAGGUUCCUGGUGGUGAGGACAAGGUUCCUGGUGGUGAGGAUAAUGUUCCUGGCGAUGAGGACAAGGUUCCUGGCUGUGAGGACAAGAUUCCUGCCGGUGACCGGCCAGGACAAGGUUCCUGCCGGUGAGGACAAGGUUCUUCCCAGUGAGGACAAGGUUCCUGCCGGUGAGGACAAGGUUCCUGCCGGUGAGGACAAGGUUCCUGGCGGUAAUGACAAGGUUCCUGCCGGUGAGGACAAGGUUCUUGCCGGUGAGGACAAGGUUCCUGCCGGCGAGGACAAGGUUCCUGCCG